AAAAGUAACACCACCCCCACCUCUCAUGGGAUGACCCCUAUGUAUCAUGCAAUUACUUGUGUAUACGUAGGUGUGUAGCAAACAUACUUCACUGUUCUACAGUUCACAGGAACCCGCCUCAUCUCAAUUUGAAAUUUACAUUGAAUAGAAAAUGGCAAAAUAUUUCAAAAUCCAGAGCCGGUUGAACGGCAUGUGCUUGGACGUCCCAGGAGGUUCCCAGGAUCCCGGUACUCGGGUGUGCUUGUGGUCCGAGAACGACGGCGACAAUCAGCUUUGGUAUGAAGACAAAUUCAGACACACAAUUAGAUCCAAGUGUAACGGAUUCGCACUGGACUUCGACGGUGAACGCUUGACUGUCAAUCCCUCAGACUCAGACAACCCACUGCAGGGAUGGUGUAUCGAUGGAGAUAAAAUCGUCACUUUUAUUGACCCUGGUCGAUGCAUAGAUGUCGCUGAUUGUUGCACAGAUGAGGGUGCUCAGCUCACAAUCUGGGAUUUCAACGGGGGCGAUAAUCAAUUAUUUGACUUCCCAUCCAACGGAGAUGAUUGGUUCUUCAUAAAAUCUCGCCUCAGUGGUUUGGUGUUAGACAUAGAUGGCGGUAACACUGACCCUGGAGCUAAAGUUAUCCAAUGGGACCAGAAGGACAACCCAGGCAGCAGAGACAACCAACUGUGGAGGUACGACUGGGAGACAAACUGUAUCAGAACUAAAAUGAAUGACUUCUGCUUAGAUAUUGAUGGGGAUGAUAUUAUCUUGAAUCCCUUCGACGGUUCACCAAGCCAGAUUUGGGUGCCUUCAGAUGACAGAAUCACCAACUUGGAGACUGGCAAAGACUUGGACCUCGCUGACUGCUGUAGAGACGCCGGGGGUAAAAUCUGUUGUUGGGACUACAAUGGAGGAGAUAACCAGAAAUGGGAUUUCGAGUUUGUUGAUGAAUAGAUGGAUUCCACGACAAUAAACUGAGAUACUCGACCAACAAUAUAUUGCCCAGUAGUGAUAUGCCAGUAAAGCUUUAUUCAUGACCUACUAAAAUGUACUGACUACACCAUUAUUCAAUCCAGAAUGAUGUCACUAAAAUGGACUAAUGGGAUAUGAUAUGCAUAUUUUGGACAUUAUUGUUUAGUCAAAUCACUAACAUAUUCAGUAUUCAUUAUUAUAAUUACAGGGUUUAAUUAUAUUUUUCAAUAAAUACCCUAGUUAUGUACAAUAUAAUUACAAUAUAUACAUUUUUACAAGAAUGAAAUAAAUGUAUGCCAUGUUUCAUGAAAAAAGUGAGAUAGAUACUAAAAAGUAAAAAAAGGUUUGGCUAUUCACACAAGCCAGCCUACUCUUUACAGUAAAACUAUGCAUGGCAUAGGAAAGUCAAAUUUUGGUACAGUGCUACUGAUAUACAUUCAGGAUAGUCCAAAUACACAAAAAUUGAAUUUCAAAUGUAUAAGUCAUACAUGCAUAACAUACUGUAACAUUAAUCCUCAUUUAAUACUGUGAUAACAAAAGGUUCUUAAAUAUACUGCAGUAAAAUUUUAAAUGAUUGGAACUACUUUGAAUUUGAAAAAUAAGCAAUCAAAUGACUAUAUUGCAACAGUAUAUGAAAAAA